UCCCCUGAAUCCAUUCGUUUAUUGUCUCUUUCCUUCUAGUUGUUUAGAAGGUUUAGAGAACAAUUUUGACUUUUUCCUCGUCUUUCCUACAUAUAUCCUUACCCUCAUCUCCUUCUAACUUACGGUUUAGAGGGUUGAGGGCGAAAUAGUGGGGCAAAAGUUAAAUAAACCGUGAGGUCCCACUAUUCGCCCUCUUUCACCACCGACAUCCCCCAGGACUAGUGUCUUGUCCAGUUUUAGUGUUUUUUUUGUGUUUUUUUGUUUUUAUUUUUAAAAAAUGGUGAAAGUGACAUGUUCAGGAGCGUGCCAGGAGCACUUAGCCCGCGAGGUAAGUUUUUUACAUAUUUUUUGCAUGUUUCUUCGUUGUGUUUCGCGGUUUGUGGUGUGUGACGUUUUUCUCGCGGUUCAUUUUGGUGUUUUUUCGUGUGAUUUUUAAUAUCUUUUUGUUGCGGGGUAUACGUUUCGCGUUUUUUCAAAUCCGCGUAUUUUUUUUGUGUCGUGUUUUUUGUUGUUGUUAUAGUUUAUUGAUCUUUUUUGUUUUUCUUUUGUUUUAGUUUUUAAAUUGAUUUUGGGCGUUUUAGUUUUUCAAUUUUUCAUUUGUUUUAGUUUUUAGAUUUUCCGUUUUUCGCUUGUUUUAGUUUUUUUUUAAAUUCAUUCUGUUUGUCUUUUUUUUUGUUUGUAAAUUUUUAAUUGAUUGUGCUUUUUUUUUAUUUUACAGAUGCAGGCAACCAGGAGGGAACGGGCCUACCUGAGGGAGGCCAAUGCGUGGCUGCGCUGGGAGGACGCAGAGGGUGAAACCCUGGAAGGCGAAAAUAUUUUCGCCAUCCAGGAUUUGCACGCCAGGGCCGCCAAAUGGUUGGCGGAUGCCGAGGACGAGGCCUUCAUGGCCGGAGCCCGUUGGGAAGGAGGUGUCGGUCCGGACACCCCGAGAGCGCGGUGGGUCCGCGCUGUGAGGCGCGAGGCGCGAGCCCUGGAGGCCGAGGGCGAGCAGGUGCUCGCCCUCUACGAUGUCGAGGAUGCCUGGGCCCUCAGGAUCCUCUUCGGGGAGGAGUCCACCCAGCCUGACCUGACGGAGGAGGACUGGUCCCUGGAGCAGUGGGACUGAGAUCCCCCU